AUGCCCAUCUGUAGUUUGACUUUGUAUAUUUUAAUUGCACUGCUAGAUGAAUCAUUUGUUACCAUUGUGCAUUUAGAUUCCCAUGAUGCAGUUCUGAGAUUCAACUCUGCCCCAACAGAAGGUUAUGAACAAGAUGUCGGAAGCAAAACUACAGUGCGUGUAAUUAAUUCUCAGAUUGUUGCAAAUCCGAAUCACAACUUUAUCAACAAUGUUCUGUACAAAGAUGUAGUAUUGGUAGCAUGGGAUCCUCCCCCUUAUUCUGCAAAUCUUGACAAGUGGUACAGAAAGCCAGACCAUAAUUUGUUCGCCCCCUACUUACAGUAUCGCAAGAAGAACCCAGACCAACCAUUUUAUAUUCUCCAUCCAAAGUUUGUAUGGGAGCUGUGGAACAUUAUCCAGGAAAAUACAAAGGAAAAAAUUCAACCCCAUCCGCCUUCUUCAGGAUUUAUUGGAAUAAUUAUAAUGAUGUCGAUGUGUAAGAAGGUACAUAUUUAUGAAUAUAUUCCAUCACGGAGGCAGACUGAACGUUGUCAUUACCAUGAACAAUACCACGAUGAUGCCUGUACAUUAGGUGCCUACCACCCUCUGCUCUACGAGAAGCUGCUGGUACAGCGAAUGAACAAGGGUACAGAAGAUGACCUGAAGAGGAAAGGAAAAGUACAUUUACCAGGUUUUAGUGCCAUAACUUGCUUUGAAGCAGCCAAAUUUUCCACUAAUAAGAUGAACCCUAGAGGAGGGCAUUGAAGUACUCUGCAGACAUUACAGUAGCCCUCUGUGUGACAGCACAGGUAUUUUGUGCAGCAAGUAGCAGAACAGACGGUUUGAAAUUUGAAACCUGAAGAUGAAUUAAACUAAGUUUUGAUUUUCCAGAACUCUCUAAGAGCUGCUGUUUCUCAAAACAGCCAAAUGUUUUUUGAUUUAAUGUGUCUUACCAACUGUUUUUUUUGAACAUUUUUUUAAAUAUGUUUAGAAGAAUUAGUUAAAGCUGUCAGAAUUAUCUCCUUUCUGUCAACCAUAUGCUUCUUUUGUUUUAAUAGAAAUAUUUUUAAUACCACAACAUUUUGCUUUUUCUGGUUAGCUUGAGUUUAGUGGGGAUUGUUAGAGCAGUGGACUUCUUGAGGCCAAACUGAUGUUUGUUUUAUAAAGAGGUGCAGUGGGUGUACCUAGAGGUAUUACAUCGGAGUUUUGUGUGUCAUUGUUUUGAGAAUUCCUCUAAGUGCUUAUCAGUGUCAUUUUCUUGGCUUUAUUCUGCCUUUCCUUUACCUUUGGGUGUAGAGUAAUGAUGCAUUACUGCUGAAUUGCUUCACCUGUGCUCCCUUUACUUCUGGCUUUAAUUAUCCAUUUGGGAUUUUGCUGUUAACAGCACAGCAUGAUGCUUCUUUUUCUAACUAAAUCUCAUAGCCAGUUACUGACUUUCUCAUAUAGUACCGGAUGUCAAGCUUUUACGCAGGACGCUUCUUGCAAUGGGUUGGUCACUCUGCCAGUUGUGCCCAUGUUUUCAGGGUGCAGUGCACAUGCCUGCAUUAAAUGGCAGAAACAGCUUUCACUAGUAACUUCUCUCUACCCUUAGCAUUUACUUGUUGGCUUGCUGGCUGGCCACAAAUGUCAGACAAGUAGUUUUGUCUUCCUCAUCCUCUCAGGCAAAAGCAUAUUAAAUGAUCCACUGUUCCUCCUUUAGAUGAGCCUCACAUUACUUGUUAGAUCUUUUGCAUAAUAAGCAAUAGUAUCACUGAACUGUCAUGGCGAUUUUAAUGAUAUAAAGUUUGAACACUGGAUCUUUCUACCCAUUACUUUUCUGAUGUUCAUGAAUUGUAAGUGUAGGCACUUACAUGGAACUGACUACUCUGCUUUACCUUGAAAUGUACUUUUUUACCAAGAGAUUGUUUGAAAUAAAACCUGUUCUUUUAUAGGUAUUCUUUUUUGUGGAAUUAACUGCAGUUAUUGUUUAAUCAUUGCUUGCACUGCAACUGUGGGGAUUUUCCAUGUACAGCCAUACAAUCUGCUUGAAUUUUGAAGACUUCUCCUUGACAUAUUAUCUCAGACCUACUAUACUAACAUUAGAAGCCAUAGAGCAGUGGUAACUCUUUAUAUAAAUUAAAAGACUGUUAUGAUAUCACCUUGAAGAAAAGUUUUAAAAAAGCAUUGUGGAAUAAUACUACCACUGCACUGUAAUAAUUUUUCUAAUGCACUAUUUUCUGAUUCAUUUAACCUAAAUAUGAGUCUGUAAGAUCUUUGCUAUUGUGGGUAACCUUUUCUGUGCACAGUGACUUUAUUUUACUAUAAUUUCUGUAUCUAAGAUAUUGCCAGUUCAAUUGUAUUAUAUCUAAAUGGUAACAACCAUCUUUUACAUUUUCUUAAAAAAAUGAAUUAAGCUUUAUUGAAAGGCUCUAGUCUGAUGGACGUAUAACAUCUUACACCAAAUAAAACAAGAUUAUUUUAAUCUUUUGUAGUCAAA